AAAGCCAACCAGCCCCACAAAAAUCCUCCUGGCCCCUUAUUUGCAGCCUUGUGUUCACUGCUCUCUGCUACUAAUUCUCCUCCUCCUUCUCCCCCUCUUCCUUGUUAAGAGGUAUCAUCACUCUUCCAAAACUCAGCACCAAAAUGGCAACACAAGCAUUGGUCUCCUCAUCAUCCAUCUGCUCCUCAGCAGACGCCGCCAGGCAGAUUCUUGGAGGCAGGUCCAUCCAUUCUUCAAGAAAGUCUUCCUUUGUUGUAAAGGCUGCUUCUACUCCUCCUGUCAAGCAAGGAGCAAACAGACAGCUGUGGUUUGCAUCCAAGCAGAGUUUGUCCUAUUUGGAUGGAAGCCUUCCGGGUGACUUCGGGUUCGACCCAUUGGGCCUCUCGGACCCUGAAGGCACCGGAGGAUUCAUCGAGCCCAGAUGGCUGGCGUACGGGGAAAUCAUCAACGGGCGGUUCGCUAUGUUGGGCGCUGCAGGAGCCAUUGCACCCGAAAUCUUGGGAAAAGCGGGUCUGAUCCCAGCUGAAACAGCUCUUCCAUGGUUCAAAACUGGAGUCAUUCCCCCAGCUGGAACCUACAGCUACUGGGCUGAUCCGUAUACCCUAUUCGUCCUGGAAAUGGCAUUGAUGGGCUUUGCGGAGCACCGGAGAUUCCAAGACUGGGCCAACCCGGGGUCCAUGGGGAAGCAGUACUUCUUGGGCCUGGAAAAGGGGUUGGGAGGAUCCGGGGACCCGGCGUACCCGGGCGGCCCGUUUUUCAACCCUCUGGGGUUCGGGAAAGAUGAGAAGUCAUUGAAGGAUUUGAAGUUGAAGGAAGUGAAGAAUGGAAGAUUGGCCAUGUUGGCAAUCUUGGGAUACUUCAUACAGGGACUGGUUACCGGCGUCGGCCCGUACCAAAACCUGUUGGAUCAUUUGGCUGACCCGGUGCACAACAAUGUGUUGACCAGCCUCAAAUUCCACUAGAACUUGUACUAAAUAUUGUGAAAUUUUACCUCUUAAUUUCUCAUGCUUCAAGUUUGUAAUCCAUCAUGUGCAUAUACCAUUGAGCUUUAUCCCUGA